CAGAACACAAGCCAAAAUGGCGGCGACCAUGAAGAACGUGGAAGAAAUCCGAAAUCGAGUGAUCCUGGGAGAAUUUGGCGUAAAGAAUGUUCAUACAUCUGAUUACCCCGGAAACUACCCUGGCUAUGAUGACCACUGGGAUAUGCAGAAAUUUCAAAAGAACUUUAGAGUCGACAUUGUACAUCUGGAUGAAAACAGCAUGGAGUUUGAUAUGGUGGGAAUCGAUGCAGCCAUCGCCAAUGCCUUCAGGAGAAUCUUACUGGCAGAGGUUCCUACCAUGGCAAUAGAGAAGGUGUUUAUCUAUAACAACACAUCCAUCGUCCAGGAUGAAGUUCUCGCCCACAGAUUAGGCCUCAUCCCCAUCAAAGCUGACCCUCGCCUGUUUGAGUACAGGAACACUGGUGAAGAAUCUGCAGAGGAGGAAGGUUCAGAAAUAGACACAAUUCAACUGCAGCUGAAGAUUAAGUGCACCAGGAACCCCAGAGCCAGCAAAGACUCCUCUGACCCCCGGGAGCUGUAUCUGAACCACAUGGUUUAUUCCAGCGACAUAAAGUGGGUCCCUAUAGGGAACCAGGCAGAUGUGUUUGCAGACUCCAGCAUUGGACCGGUGCAUGAUGACAUCCUGAUAGCUCAGCUACGACCAGGACAGGAGCUGGACAUCAUUAUGCACUGUGUCAAAGGAAUAGGUAAAGACCAUGCAAAGUUCUCUCCAGUAGCCACAGCCAGCUACCGCCUCCUCCCUGAGAUCACCCUGCUGGAGCCGAUAGAGGGAGAGAAGGCAGAACGUCUAAAGCGCUGCUUCUCUCGAGGAGUGAUAGACCUGGAGGAUGUUCAUGGAAAGAAGGUUGCCAAAGUCGUGAACAGUCGUUUGGACACAUGCAGCAGGGAAGUCCUUCGACAUGAUGACCUGAAGAAUAUGGUGAAGCUGGGGAGAGUGCGAGACCAUUUCAUCUUUACUGUGGAAUCUACCGGCAUCCUGCCUCCAGAGGUCCUGGUUACAGAGGCUAUCAAAGUCCUCAUGACCAAGUGUCAGAGGUUUCUAAAUGAACUGGACUCUCCUGGUGUGGAGUAAAACAAUGACUGAGCACAGAUAAUCUGACUGACAGCCCUGUCAAGGCUUGAAUAUGAUACAAUGCUCUCAGUGGAAUUUUCUGUUAAAGCUUGGCUGUACCAAUGAAACCUAUGCUGAGUUUAAAAAAGCAGGUUAUGUCCUGGUUGUUGGACUUGCUUGUAAGUAUGUAUAUACUUCUGUUUGUCUGCUUUUGUGUACCAUUCUUUAUUCCUGUAAACUGAUUUUUUUCAUUAAUAAAAAAACAACAGUACACAA